CACCACUGCCCCCAGCUGGUUUCAAAAGUUUCGUGCAUGUUUGCGUCUCUUCCUGGGGUGAAGUGAGGUAAAGACCGAGAGUCGGACUAAAAGUGGAAUAUUUAAAGAGUGGUUUGACUAAUUUAAAAACAACCAAAGCUGUCAGCGUCGAACACAAACUUCACGGAUACACACUGAAGUAGCUCCAGUGAUGGGAGACAGAGCUGGAGAUCCACCAUCACCGCCCAUGGCCCCAGAACAAGACCAGCGAGUUCCCUCCCCAUCAGGUGAUUCACUGACAGAUGAACCUCAGACCAGAGAGGACCUCUUAAAAUAUUACUGUCACCUCACCCUGGACCCAAACACUGCAUACAGAGAGCUGGUUCUGUCCAAGGACAACAGAAAGGCAGAGCUCACAACGUUUGUCCAGGACUAUCCUGAACAUCCGGACAGGUUUUCUCACCUCUUUCAGGUGCUGUGUAAAGAGGGCCUGACAGGACGCUGUUACUGGGAGGUGGAGUUUGAAGAGUCUGCUGAAAUAGCGGUGGUGUACAAAGAUCUUGGCAGAUCAGGCUAUUACGACGAGUGCGCAUUUGGCUGCAACGACAAGUCCUGGAGUUUAGACUUAAACAAAAACUAUGAAAUUUUCAGGCACAACAAUGAGGAGACUGCAGUGCCGCCGCCUCAGUCCUCCAGAGCCAGUGUGUACCUGGAUCAUAAGGCAGGUAUUCUGACCUUCUACUGCGUCUCUGACAUGAAGCUGCAGCUGAUGCACAGAGUCGAGACCACGUUCACUCAGCCGCUGUACCCCGGACUGUGGGUCGCAGACAGGGCCUGGCUGUGUGACCUGGAGUAGAGGUCCAGCAAAUGUUGGUCCACUGGUGAUAUUGUACAACAAGUGGGAAUGAUCAUUAUUGUUUUCAGCACAGAUGUGAAUACCGCAAAACAUCAAGCCACAUAACAGGCUGCAGGAAACACAAAACUUUGAUUUUUUUAAAUUGUUUUUUAAGAAUCAUAAAAACUCCAUGUUAAUGCUGAUUUGAUUUGUCAGAUUUAAACAAAUCACAAUAAUAAUACGUUUACAUUUUUAGCCAUGCUAAUGCUGUUGCUCCAAGAAUGGCAAUGUCAGUUGUUUGGUCAGUUGACCACUUUGGUUCAGACUGAAAUAUCUGAAUAACUAUUGGAUGGAUUGUUGUGAAAUUUUGAGUAUACAUAUAUGGCGCAUGUUUCCUUCAGGAGGAAUUGUAAAUCAUGCUGACCUUAGCAUUUAGCUUAAAGCACCUCACAGAGCUGCUUGUGCCUUGUUUUUAGUGUCGUUCUGUUUCAGUGUAUUCUGCUGCUUGAGAGGCCUCAGGUUGUUAUGGUAAAUGCCCACCUCUACACAACUGUAAUUAAACCUGAUUCAGAACUUAUCGGACAGUAGUCUCAACAUUAUAACAUGAAAAUGUCACUGGAUACUUUGUUGACGUGACACAUAUCAUCUCACCAGUCUUUUGUUAUAUGUUUUGAUGAAAUGAGCAGUUUUACUUACAUGAAAAUGUCUCAAAACGUUUGCAGCAACAUGUUGUAAAUAUCUGAGUAAAUCACCAUUAAAGCCAUAGGAGAGCGGCUAAGCUGCAGUGUCUUGCGGGACCAACAGAUAAAUCACACUGUAGGAUGGAAACAGAGUAACUGGGCAGUAAAAACUGUGGCAAAAAUUCACAGUAAAAUUGUUCAUUCAUGGAUAAUUGAAAAAAAUUACUCAACUAAUCCUUCAGACACUUAGUCAAACUGAAACAAAUCAUAAGUGAGUAAAUGAAAAUAGAAGUACCUGACAAUAAAGGAGAAAGUUACCGUUAUGUGCAUGUGUUAUUGACACAAUUGUGGAGACUAGGCCACAGCACAAACAUGUUAUCACUGGUGUUGGUGCACGGACAAGAAUUAAAAAUAAUUUAUAUGGCGUUUAUUACAAUACUGUGGUUUCAGAAGAAAUACAUCCCUUGAUUUAUAUCGUUUGGCACUUAUUUUUAAAAUAGCAGAAAUGAUCUUUGACUGAGAUGCCAGAAUUUUGGCCUUCGUGGCACCAAAUACAAAAUGAUGUAGAGACUUAAUAUUCCUACCCUGACUUUUGACCUCCUGGUGGAGGUGAGCUGAAGUAGAUUUCCCUUUAAAGACCACCAUGUCUUGAGUCAUGAGUCAUGUAAAUGUAAACAAGCAUUAUUGAUGGAUUGUUGUAACCGUUAUUGGUGUAACAGAUCACACAAUCAGAGUGCAGAUGAAAAUCA